UCUGUUAUUUAAACCCUCGCACGCUGUCCUCUCUUCACUUUGAGUCAUCCCUUGAAUCCAGUUCCAGGUACUGACUUCAGUGCAGCCGCCUCAUACAAGAUGGCAGAUCUUCAAAUGACCCCAUUGGAAGGUGCCUUGCUUGCCAUUACUGGCAUCUACGUGAUGUAUGAAACAGGCAGCGAACAUCUGACCAAGGAACGUUUUAAGGAAUUAAUGAAGAACGAAUUGCCAAAUGUUUCGGGGUCAGCGGGAGAGGUUGAGUGGUUCGAUAAGGUGGACUGUAACGAUGAUAACAAGGUGGAAUUCACUGAGUUCAUCCAGAUGAUUUCCGCAUUUACCAUGGCUCACUAUGACUGCUUGAAAGAAUUAAUGCAACGCCAAAGGGGUCAGCGUAAUUAAAAACCCUGUAAAGAACACGUAAAACACUCUCGAUGGGAAAUAAACAUGUAACCAUUUGACCUUUGUGGUUUCUGAUCACAAUAAUAAAAGUGUUUACGUUUAAA